UUUAAUUUUAAUUUCAGUGGUAACGUAUAUUUGGUUUCUUCUGUGUUUUGCACAAGCAGAAAUGGAUGACGACCAGAUCGCAACGAUGCGGAAAGUGUUCGCAAUGUUCGAUCAGGCGAAGACGGGCUUCGUAGAGACGAACAAGUUCGUGAACAUCCUGAACACUCUGGGCCAGAACUUUGAUGAAGAUGAUCUGAGUGCUAAGAUAGAGGAGGUCGACUCUGAGAAGGAAGGCAAAGUGAACUUCGAUCAGUUCAUCGCCAUC